CCACAUGCUCGUAUCAAGCCAACGGGAUUUGGAUUUCCUUUCAUCCAGACGCUAUGCACGUUUUCCCACCGGCAUUCAUACCUAGCGUCCCGCAUAACGCAAUAUCUGCAACAGACUGCGUGACAAACCCUACCAUAUGCCAUUGUCCAACCGUUCGGGCAUAUUUCAAUUCUAAUCUCCAAGACAAUGGGAAAUACAACCGAAAAUAAUUGGAGUCGCCGAUGUAGGAGUCCUUGUUGGCAUAAAGUUACGCUGUGCCCGAUCGACAAGCUGUGGUCGCUGAGAAGCUUUCUUAUCAGUCAUCCUUUCAUACCUCUCUAUCCGAACUGCUGCAUCAAUGCCUUCCCCCUCUCUCACGCUCUUCAUCAAUACGUAGCUCCAUGACCGUAGCAACACUAGGUGUCGCGGGGAUAGACCUCGUCCCGCAAGGCACGGCCUAUGGCCUGCUGAUAGGACUGGGCGUGCUAUUUUGCGGAGUGAUUCUGGUCGCCAUCAAGGUCCAAAAGGCCUAUCUGUCCGAGGACUCGGCCACCUCAGAGAUGUUCAUGGUAGCCAAUAGAUCGGUUGGGACAGGAUUAACAGCGUCCGCAGUAUUCUCCUCAUGGAUGUGGAUCAACGAAACGGUAUUGUCGGCAGCGAUGUGCUAUCGAUAUGGUUUGGCUGUACCUCUGUGGUGGGGAUCCGGCCUCUGUUUUCAAAUCGCAUUGAUGGCCGCAUUGGGAGUCAUGGCCAAGAUCAGAGUGCCAUACGCUCAUACCUCGCUCGAAAUUAUCAAGAUGCGAUACGGCUGGAUAGGGCAUCUCGUUUUUAUCGUGCUGAAUCUUACCAACAACGUCUUCGGUUGCGCAUCCAUGAUUUUGACUGGCUCGCAGCUAAUUUAUGGAAUAUCCGGCAUGCACUUUGUCGCAGCCACCAUUCUUAUUCCUCUUGGAGUAGUUUUAUAUACCGCAGUUGGAGGUCUCAAGGCAACCUUCCUCACAGACUUUCUCCAUACGGCUGUUGCUUUGAUCCUCAUUAUAUACUUUACGCUCUCCGUUCUAACGCACCCAGCAGUGGGCGGUCUUGGGGGUCUUUAUGACAAGGUGGUCGCUACGGCUAGCGAGAACUAUAUCACCGGAAACUACGAAGGAUCACUGCUCACCAUGAAGUCGAAAGAUGCGAUCAUUUGGGGGUUAGUCUUAAAAUUUGGCAAUCUAGCUCUCGUCGUUAUGGAUACUGCAUUUUGGCAAAAGUCCUUUGCAAGCGAAGUUAAUUCGACCGUGCCGGCUUACAACCUCGCUGCGGUAGCUGUGUUUGGUAUUCCAUGGGGCUUGGGGACAGUUAUUGGACUUUCUGCUCGAGCUCUGCAUACCACGCCCAUUUUCCCUACAUACCCAGGACCGCUCACAAGUGCAGAGGUAAACGCCGGUAUGGUGAUGCCGUAUCUUGUCAAGGCUCUCAUCGGUGAUUCGGGGAUCGUCGCCUUCUUCAUUCUACUGUUCAUGGCUUUAACGAGCACGGUAUCCUCCUCGAUGAUUGCUGUCAGCAGUAUUCUCUCAUUCGACCUCUACAAGACAUACUUCAACCCAAAGGCAUCGGACAAAAGGCUGCUCCAUGUGAGCCAUAUCUCGGUCGUCUUCCACGCGGUAUUCAUUACGGGGAUCUCGAUCGCGCUGAACUAUGGAGGUGCCAAUAUGACCUGGAUUGGCUAUUUCCGGCCCAUCCUCUCCUGCCCGGGGAUCAUUCCCCUGGCUCUUACCCUCUUCUGGUCCGGCCAGACCCGCUUAGCGGCGAUCAUUUCACCUGUUCUGGGCUUCUUUACCGGCCUGGCUAUUUGGCUCGCUAGCGCAAAGUCCCUCUACGGCGCUGUCAACAUGGCCACCACCGGUGAAGGCUUACCUGCUCUUUAUGGCGCCAUUGGUUCCUUCUUCUCGCCGGCGCUCUAUUCCGUAAUCAUAUCCCUCUACAAACCCUACAAAUUUGACUGGCGCGAGUUCCUCCGCAUAGAACUCGCAGACGAAGCACACCUCCACGCCAACGACCCAUCCACCCUAGACACCGAAGAUAGACAAUCGGACAACAAACCAAUCGAAGCAUCGACUCAUCCCACCCCCGAAUCUGCCUCGUCCGAAACUGCCUCCAUCGACGAUCCGGAACGAGUCGGCGCUGGUGAAAAGACCGUUGCUGUCUCAUCAGUACCGGCUAUCAGAUCUCCAACGCAACUCAGCCUAGACGACAUCCGUCACCCUUUCAGUGACGAGACCUUGAAAGAACUCUAUCGCUGGUCCCGUAUCGCUUGGGCCAUUUUUGUGGUCCUUGUCCUUGUUACUUUUGUCUUCUGGCCUAUGCCGCUUUACCGGGACUAUAUCUUCACGAAGUCUUUCUUUUCGGGCUGGGUCUCUGUUGCGAUUGUCUGGCAGUUUUUUGCUUUCUUGGCGGUUGUUGUGUAUCCGCUUUAUGAUGGGCGGUUUGAGAUUGAGAAGGGGGUGAGGGGGGUUUGGUUGUCGGCGCGUGGAUUGCUUGCGAAGAAGAGUUCUUAG